AUGGAAUACAGCAUAAUGUGCGUUUCUUUUACUGGUAUUGCAGCAGCAAAUCUACCUAAUGGUAGAACCAUACACAAUCACUUCAACUUUACGAUCAAUGACUUGAAGAAAUCGACUUUUGUCCCAGACUUGUCAACGGAUAAAUUAAACCAACUUCGUUCCCGUCUUACCACGUCCAAGCUUAUAUUGUUGGCAAUUGAUGAAAUAUCAUAUAUUUCUCCUGAAGCUCUUGGCCAAAUUGACAACCGUCUACAACAACUAAUGGGAAAACCGGAAUCUCCUUUUGGUGGAAUCGCCUUUCUUUUAAUGGGUGAUUUUUAUCAGUUACCACCCGUUGCCGAACCUUACAAUCUCUAUAGUGCAACUAUGAAACUUCUCGUAGACCGAAAAGAAAUAGAAAAUGGAGAUCCUGGUCCAAGAACCAGAGGAGCUCUUCUUUUUAGCCGAUUUAGGAAAUUUGAGCUUUCACAACAAAUGAGGGUUGCCGAUGACGCUAAUCACGCUGCAAUGCUUAAUCAAAUGAGAACGCCUGAUCCUGGAUGUCGCUACAUAAAUUCUGAACACCUUGCCUCAAUAAAAAUUUUGACAACCAACGACAUUCAAGAAGACAGUUUGUGGCAAUGGGCUCCUGUUGUUGUCACCAGCAAUAAAGAACGUAAAAAAACGCCAAGAUUCAUUUGGGAAAUUCCUUUAGUUGGAGAUUUGGCAUCAUCAAUCACGACGAGCAUCCAUCAACAUAUUUACAAGACCAUACCGGCACUAAAGCGUUGUUUUGUAGCUGGUGCCCCAGGUUACCUUACCCAAAAUAAUAAUCCUUCUCUAGGACUUUCAAAUGGAACCCCAGUUAUUUAUCAUUCUUUGACUUGA